CCCAAACCGAAUUUCUAUUUGCUUCAACAACAUUCAUCUUCGAAAAGCCGAUUCAUAUAUAUUUGGAAACCCUAACACGCUCGCCCGUCGUCCCCUGGCCACUUCCCAAGUUCGUGGCUGAGGCUCUGCGGUGCAAGCAGAGACAAAAUGGCAGUACCUUUGCUUAGCAAGAAGAUUGUCAAGAAGCGUGUCAAAAAGUUCAAGAGGCCUCAAAGUGACAGGAAAAUCUCUGUCAAGCCAAACUGGCGAAGGCCAAAGGGUAUUGAUUCCCGUGUGAGAAGAAAGUUUAAAGGAUGCACAUUGAUGCCAAAUAUUGGUUAUGGUUCAGACAAGAAGACCCGCCACUAUCUCCCCAAUGGCUUCAAGAAAUUUGUUGUGCACAAUGUCAAGGAACUGGAACUCCUGAUGAUGCACAACAGGACUUAUUGUGCGGAGAUAGCGCACAACGUGUCAACUCGUAAGAGGAAGGAGAUCGUGGAGCGUGCAGCUCAGUUGGAUGUUGUUGUUACCAACAGACUGGCCAGGCUGCGUAGCCAGGAGGACGAGUAAAUUGCUGAAGCUUGUGUUGGAAUUAGUUUUGCUUAUUCUGGUUAUGCAAUUUCUGAACCAGAUAGGAAAUCCUAUUCAGAUUGAAUGUUCUAUUUUCUGUGGUUGGAUUUUGGUAGUUUGGACUAAAGAAUUGUGCAUGUAUGCUCUGUUUCGCUCGUCAUUUUGUUGGAUGAAGCUUCUACAGUUUUGGCUUUGUGGAAAUACUAUGAAUCAAUUUGAGAUA